AUGUCGCGCGCGCCCCCGCCCGCGCCCCGCCGCGGGCGCGCCCUCCUCGACGCCCCGCCGCCGCCGCCGCCGGUGUCGACGUCCGAGUGGCCCACGCCGCCGUCGUGCCCCGGGAGCGACCUGUGCGACCCGGGCGGGAGCGCGAUGACGACGACCGCGCCGGACGUGUGCGACUACGAUUUUUACACCACGCAGGGCGUGAUGACGAUCCGCGCGUGGAGGAAGCUCUCGCCGCACGGCGCGGACCGCCUGUACAACCUCGCGCGGCUGGGGUACUACGACCGGAGCGCGCUGUACCGCGUCCUCCCCGGGUACGUCGUGCAGUUCGGGAUCGCCGCGGACGCGACGGUCGCGACGACGUACGACGCCUCGAACGCGGCCGCGCGCGUGCCGGACGAGGGACUGAACGAGGCGUGGGGAGGCACGAACGGGCGGUACUGGGUCUCGUACGCCGGCUCGGGGGAGACGUCCGAGAGCGUCAAGUGCACGCAGCGGACCGCGGAGCUGUUCAUUAACCUCGCGGACAACGCCGCGCGGUUCGACCCGAUGGAGUACGCCGCGUUCGCGAAGGUGAUCGACGGCGUGGAGGUGAUGGAUCGAUUCUACGCCGGGUACGGCGACGUCAACGGAUGCGUCGCGCACGCCGAGUUCGCGUUCGCGUGCAACGGCCCGGUCGAGGCGACGAUGUACAACACGGGGAUAUCGUACGUCGACGCGAGUUUCCCGAAGUUGGAUCGCGUCGGGUGGGUGGACGUGAUCCCGGACCCCGGGGACUUGCGCGGGAACAUGCACGGCGAGUGGAUACAAAACGAAGCGGGGGAGGGCGCGCUGUCGUGGCUCAUGGUGUGCCUCUUCCUCGUCGUGAUCGCGGCCGGGUACGCGCGGCGGUUGACCGUGAACAAGAAGAUGGGGAAUCGGUUUCUGGACUUCAUAUGGAACACGCCCUCGAUUCGCGCGCUCGUGACGCGGCUGAGCGAGAGGAAAGGGGUGGAGAUCUUGGAGUCGAGUCGAAACCGCCCGGGGGAGUGGACGGAGGCGGAGGAGGUGGAGUGGACGCUGCGCGAGCCGCCGGCGAGCCCGCCGCCGCCGCCGCGCCCGCCGGAGUCGGAGGUGUAUCCCGCGAGCUACGACGUAGCACCGUAGCGAUUUCAUCAUUCGUGCAGUAGCA